AUGAUGACAUCCGGAGGUAUGAUGCAGGCUGCGACGCUCUUGCUGGCGGCCCAGCUCGUCUUGUGCCACGGUGUUGCCGCCGAUGCAGACCGGGAAAGCGGGACUGUCAUCCCCGCAGAAAGUCGCCCGUGCGUCGACUGCCACGCGUUCGAGUUCAUGCAGAGGGCCCUGCAGGACCUGAAGAAGACCGCUUUCAAUCUAGACGCCAGGACGGAGACGCUGGUGCUGAGGGCGGAGAGAAGAGCUCUUUGCGACUGCGCGCCCAGUUUGCUCCGCUGA